AAAGUCGGGGUGCGACCCCUGGCUCGCGCGGCCGCGGUGCGGCCCCGCCCCCGCAGCUAAAGGCCCUGCGGCAGUCGGGACCCGAGCUCCGCCCUCCGCCUCCCGCCGGCCUCGCUGCCUCCUCCCUCGCUCGCUCGCUCCCUCCCCCCGGGCCGGCUCGGCGCUGACCUCCGCCGCACGCUGCAGCCGCGGCUGGAAGAUGGCGGGGAACGACUGCGGCGCGCUGCUGGACGAAGAGCUCUCCUCCUUCUUCCUCAACUAUCUCGCCGACACGCAGGGUGGCGGUUCUGGGGAGGAGCAACUCUGCGCUGACUUUCCUGAGCUCGACCUCUCCCAGCUGGACGCCAGCGACUUUGACUCUGCCACCUGCUUUGGGGAGCUGCAGUGGUGCCCUGAGACGUCUGAGACUGAGCCCAGCCAGUACAGCCCCGAUGACUCUGAGCUUUUCCAGAUCGACAGUGAGAAUGAGGCCCUCCUGGCCGCGCUCACCAAGACCCUGGAUGACAUCCCUGAAGAUGACGUGGGGCUGGCCGCCUUCCCAGCCCUGGAUGGAGGAGAUGCACCAUGCUGCACCUCAGCUUCGCCUGCCCCCUUGUCUGCGCCCCCCAGCCCUGCCAGGGAGAGGCCUCCGGCCCCAGCCUCGGAGGUGGAUGAGCUCUCACUGUUGCAGAAGCUCCUCCUGGCUACGUCUUCCCCGACCUCAAGCUCUGACACCCAGAAGGAGGGGACCACCUGGCGCCAGGCCAGCCUCAGGUCCAGAAGUCAGCGGCCUUGUGUCAAGACGGAUGGCAUCCAGGACAAGAAGGCCCCCAUGCUGCGGUCUCCGAACCGGAGUUGUGCAGAACUGCAUAAGCACCUCACCUCCGUGGCAUCCUGCCCCCAGGCAAAAGCCUGCUCCCCCGAGACGGGACUGCAGCCUCCAUUGCCCCCAAGUCCCCAGCUCCUUGCCAAGAAGGAGGAGGAGCCGGGGGAGGACUGCCUGAGUCCCCAGCCAGCUCCAGCUUCUCCCCGGAACUCCCUGGCACCAGGCAGGGCGAGCCCCAGUGCCCAGGUUCCCCAGGAGGACAUGCAGGCCAUGGUGCAGCUCAUUCGAUACAUGCACACCUACUGCCUCCCCGAGAGGAAGCUGCCCCCACAGGCCCCAGAGCCACCCCCCCAGCCCUGCAGCAGCCCCUCCAGGAUCAGGCCCCGGCACCCCUCCAAAGCCUCCUGGGCUGAGUUCUCCAUCCUGAGGGAACUUUUGGCUCAAGAUGUCCUCUGUGAUGUCAGCAAACCCUACCGCCUGGCCACACCUGUCUAUGCCUCCCUCACACCCCGGCCGAGGCCCAGGCCCCCCAAGGACAGCCAGGCCUCGCCUGCUCACCCUUCCCCAGUGGAGGAGGUGAGGGUUGCAGCUUCCCCCAAGAACACUGGGCCCAGGCCAAGCCUGCGCCCACUGCGCCUGGAGGUGAAGGGGGAGGUUAGCCAGUCUACCGGUCUGCAGCAGGAGGAGGAAGAUGACGAGGAGGAGGAGGAGGAGGAGGAAGAAGAAAAAGAAGAGGAGGAGGAAGAGGAGGAAGAGGAGGAAGAGGAGGAGGAGGAGGAGGAGUGGGGCAGAAAGAGGCCAGGCCGAGGCCUGCCGUGGACCAGGCUGGGGAAGAAGCUGGAGAGUUCCGUGUGCCCGGUGCGCCGUUCGCGGAGACUGAACCCCGAGCUGGGUUCCUGGCUGACGUUCACUGAUGAGUUGCUGGUCUCCUCAGAGCCGCAAGAUACUCUGCCCUCGCUGUGCCUGGCUCCCAAGGCCUACGACAUGGCGGGGGAGCUGGGCAGCCCCACGGACGAGGAUAGUGGCCAAGACCAGCAGCUCCUACGGGGAUCCCAGAUCUCUACCCUGGAGAGCCCCUGUGAGAGUGGGUGUGGGGACACGGAUGAGGACCCCAGCUGCCCACGCCUCCCUUCCAGAGGUGACUCUCCCAGGUGCCUCAUGCUGGCCUUGUCACAAAGCGACCCUCCUUUUGGCAAGAAGAGUUUUGAGCAGACCUUGACAGUGGAGCUUUGUGGCACGGCAGGACUCACCCCACCCACCACACCCCCUUACAAGCCCACAGAGGAGGACCCCUUCAAGCCCGACAUCAAGCACAGCCUGGGCCAAGACAUAACCCCCAGCACUCCCGCCCCUGAGGCUCUCCAGCUCAUGGCCACCACAGGGCCUGCCCACAAGCUGCCCAAGAAGCACCCAGAGCGCAGCGAGCUUCUUUCCCACCUGCGGCAUGCCACAGCCCAGCCGGCCUCCCAGGCUGGCCAGAAGCGCCCCUUCUCCUGUUCCUUUGGAGACCAUGAUUACUGCCAGGUUCUCAGGCCGGAGGGUGCCCUGCAGAGGAAGGUGCUGCGGUCCUGGGAGCCAUCUGGGGUCCACCUUGAGGACUGGCCCCAGCAAGGUGCCUCCUCAAAGGCUGAAAUGCAGGCCUCUGCGGGGGAGGAAGACAGAAGCUGUGAUGCCAGCACCCCACCCAAGGACAGCACGCAGCUGAGAGACCACGAGAUCCGCGCCAGCCUCACCAAGCACUUUGGGCUACUGGAGACUGCUCUGGAGGAUGAAGACUUGGCUUCAUGCAAGAGUCCUGAAUACGACACUGUCUUUGAGGACAGCAGCAGCAGCAGUGGUGAGAGCAGCUUCCUCCUGGAGGAGGAAGAUGAGGAGAGGGAGGAGGAGGAAGAGGAUGAUGAAGAAGAGGACUCAGGGGUCAGCCCCCCUCGCUCUGACCACUGCCCCUACCAGAGCCCACCCAGCAAGGCCAGUCGGCAGCUCUGUUCCCGCAGCCGCUCCAGCUCCGGCUCUUCGUCCUGCCGCUCCUGGUCACCAGCCACCCGAAGGAACUUCAGAUGUGAGAGCAGAGGGCCCUGUUCAGACGGAACUCCAAGCAUCCGGCACGCAGGAAGCGGCGGGGAAAAGGCCAUUGGCGAAGGCCGUGUGGUGUAUGUUCGAAAUCUCUCCAGUGACAUGAGCUCCCGAGAGCUGAAGAGGCGUUUUGAGGUGUUUGGCGAAAUUGUAGAGUGUCAGGUGCUGACAAGAAGUAAGAGAGGCGAGAAGUAUGGCUUCAUCACCUACCGGUGUUCUGAGCAUGCGGCCCUCUCCCUGAGGAACGGCGCUGCCCUGAGCAAGCGCAAUGAGCCCUCCUUCCAGCUGAGCUCCGGGGGGUUCCGGCACUUCUGCUGGUCCAGAUACACUGAUUACGAUUGCAAUCCAGAAGAGGCCCUUCCCGCAUCCGGGAAAAGCAAGUACGAAGCCAUGGAUUUCGACAGCUUACUGAAAGAGGCCCAGCAGAGCCUGCAUUGAUAACAGCCUUAACCUUCGAGGAAUACCGCAAUACCUCAGACAAGGCCCUUCCAAUAUGUUUACGUUUUCAAAGAAUAAGUAUACAGAAGGAGAGCGAGCGAGCGAGCGUGAGAGACUUGAAACUGCUGUCCUUUUAAAAAAAAAACAGAUCAAUGUUUACAUUGCACAAAGCUGCUUCUGUCUGUGAGUUUCCAUGGUGUUGACGUUCCACUGCCACAUUAGUGUCCCCGCUUCCGACGGGUGUCCUGGGUGCGCCUCGAAGUGCCGGGUCAGUCACCCUCUGCCCCUCUUGCCCGACUGACUUCCUCUCGUAGACCUGCAGCUGUGUUCACCAUAACAUCUCUUGUCUGUAGUGUGUGAUGAUGAAAUUGUCACUUGUGAAUAGAAUCAGGAUUAUAAACUCAUUUUAAUUGAAGAAAAAAAAAGUAUAUCCUUAAAAUAAUGUAUUUAUGGCUCAGAUGUACUGUGCCUGGGAUUAUUGUAUCGCUUCCUUGAUUUUUAACUAUGCACUGUCAUGAGGUGUUUGCCACUGAGCUGCUCUGCUCCCCUGGCCAGAUUGCCCUGGAGGUGCUGGGUGACCAAUAGGACCGAUCCCCAGGAGCACCGGCCUGCAGCCACGACUCGGCGCUAUGGAGAGAGGGUUCUCGAUCUUUUCUACCAAGGUUUGACCUGUUUUGAGCAAUUCGGGUCAAAUUACAAUGAGAUCCUCUGUAGUAUCCAACUCACACUUGAAGAGUGUGCCUGCCUGUUAGUGCUGAGACCCUCAGCGCCUUGAGAGGAAGGCAGAGCGAACCGCCUUGUGCCUGCUCUCUGGGAGAAGCAGGCUGUGUGCCAUGAGAGGCAAAGUGACUUGCCUGAGGUCCUGGAGCCAGAGAGAAGGCAGAGUAGUAGUGACCCACACCAGCCUUCUGAUUCUGGGUCCCAGGCUGCUGCAGUAGCUGGUAAGGACACAAAGUGCAGGCACUGGUAGAGGCGAGUUCAGCUCAAUGGGGCAGCAGACCCGAGGUCUAGGACUCCUUUCGGGCCAACUCAGCAUCACCAGCCCUGGGUGAACUCCAGCUCCAGCAUGUGCUUGGGCAUGCCAUUGGCUUUGAUCCUGAGCAGGCCCGUGGCUUGCCUCAGCCUGUGGACACACCAUCAGGGCCUUGAGAUGUACCUGGUGGUGGUGUAGACAGAUAGGCUGGGAGCAGUCAUCCUUUGGGGGCCAGCUGCCAGCCCAUCCUCCCACCUUUGCCUUCCCUCAUCUGUGACAUUGUUUGGUGGGAUAGGGUGGGGGAGCAGGAGAAGGCAGCAAAGAUGGGGGAUCAACAAGCAAUCUCCAAGCUUGCUUCAAACUUUGUGUUCUUGAGUGAUGUCAAAGCCAUGUCAAGCUUGACAUUCUAAGGGUGCCUUGGGGCCAUCAUGAGGGAGAGUGUGGCCACGCAGUAUAUGAGUGCACUGCUGCUUCAUACAGAGUGACUCCUCCUUGAACUCUUGCAUGCGUCAGGAUUCAUUGGGACAUUUUUGUAUCUGGAAGAGGAAGAUAAGGUCCUGCCACUCUAAAAAGUUUGAAAGUGAUUUGUAAGCUAAACUAGCCAAAUCAAUCUUUUGCUAAUGCCAGGCCCAGUCUUUUGAGAUUGGUAGUUGAUUUUUUUUUUAAAUACCUCAGUAGGUAACUGAGCCUACUAUCUUGUCCUGGGUAGUGAACUUAUUUCCUACCCAUGGACAAGGCUGGAGGAGAUGGGCUGUUGCAGACAUAUGGAAUUUGAGCUCUUGCGUGUCAAGUAACUUGGUCUCUUUAGGCCCCAGUUUCCUUCUCUGUAAGAUAGACUAAGGGGGAGAAUUAGGCACAGUCUAACAGUCUUAACUUCUAUGGCAGUGUCUAGCUCAAGAUGGGAAAUACCCAGCACAUGUGAAAUUAUUCCCAUGUCCUUGGUCAAUGCAGACAUAAUUAAUCGAUCAUAACAGUGAUUCUUUGAACCAUAGAUGUGCUAUUAGUCCACAACAUAGCACUUUGGGCAGUUAUUACAAAUUGAUCAGAGUUUAAUCUAUUUGACAUCCUGGUCUAAUCUUUGGAGAUUUUUCAUCAGUCAUACAGAGCAUAUGUUGACUAGGGUUCAUGCUGGCCCAUACCUGUCUGUCACAUCCUGAUCUAUGAGAGAAAACUCUCCUAAAGCCAUUCCUUGGCACCAGGCUCUCAAUUCUACUGUGACACACAGGGAAGGCAGGGAGUGCAGUAGCAGACAGGAACAUAUUUCGGGAAGGCAGAGCUCAUAAGGAUGGACCAAAAUAGGGACUUUCUACAGAUCAUUCUAAAUUCCUUCAUAGCCAUUCACUGCAUAACACAUGGAAGGCACAUAAUCGAUGGUUAUGGAAUGGAGCAGAAUUAAAAUCCUUCUGUUGCUUCCACUAAAACCUGAUUGGCAUGCAUCAAGGAAGAAACUGAGACUUCACCCUGUGGAUGGAAAGAUGCUAGACUCAGAUCUGGAGAACUGACUGAGUCCCAAUACCACCAAGAAUUUCCUUUGUAACUUUGCUCAGUCCCUUUCUCCCCUGGGCCUCGGAGUUCUGGAAAGGUAGUCCAGAUGGUCUCAAAGCCACAUGUCUGCUUCUUCCUCCAUUGCACUAGGCCAUAGUUUCUACUUUGGGCCAGUGGUUCCUGGGCUUAAAGAAAUGCAAAUUUUUAGCAAAAGAUGAGCCUCUCCCCUGCUUCAGGGUCAGCUGAAGCUGCCCCUUUACAUCAGUUCAAUCCAGGGCACUUGAAGUCACUUAGACAUUGUCCUUGAGCCGAGCAGGGACCUGAGUGUGGCUGGUGUGAGGCCCUGAGGUGCCUAAGGUCAGAGCUGGGGGCUGCUGAUGGGAGGAUGCCUGCCAAGGGCGUCCAGUAGUCUCUGCUUGCCAUCCCAUAGAACAAAGGCAGCAAGUUCUAAAAUUGAUCAACCCUGAAGACAACCUCUAUCUGGAAGACCCAUUCGGUGCUGUGUAUUAUUUACCAAGGAGACUCCAAGGUUUCUCCCGGACGAGGCAACCUUGGUCUCUUUCCCACCAAAUUAAGGAGUAACCCAGAGGGAGCAGCUGCCAUUGGCAACCAUCUCAUCAUAGCUCUGUCCUAGUGUUUGCUCUCAAUGAUGUUUACAUGUGAUGCCAUAACAACUUCCUGUAGACUGUGUCGACAGCUGCCCCAGCAGGGCAAGCUGUACUGUCCAUCUCUGUGCCGUGCUGGUGUUUUCCAGAAAUGUUCGAUCCAACCGCUAAGUGGAAUUCUUCCAUCUCCUUCCUCAGUCGGUACAAGGCUGAAUCAGAAUCCUCACUCUAGGGGGCUCUGGUUACUGAAGGAAAUGCAUCAAAGAGGAAAAGGAUAUGAGUGGAUAGCGUGCAGAUCAGGCCCCCACUCCCUCCCCCCGACACCCUGCCCCACCCCAACCAGAAAACUGCUCUGAGUAUCUACAUCUGCCUGGACACUUUGUAGCUUGGAGUAUGGAGCACUCAGGAAAGCGGCAGGGUUCCGAGAGUGGGACACGGGAAGGGGGAAUGCUCGGAGUUUCAAGGACUGAGUACCCAAGUUCUGGUAUCUUUCAUGGUCUAAAGCCAUGCUUGUCGGGUUUUCAAGUGUGACUUUUCCUAGACAUGCGGGAGGUGAGUGGAGGGGCAGGACAGGCAUUGAAACCCAUCCUUCUGCUUGGACAGCUCAGGCUACAGUCCAUCCAGGCCUUGAGUUCAGCUGUACUGUCAGCUGAGCCUGCAUUUUGAGAGAUGGGUCAACAUGAAGGAGAAUCAACCUAGAGAUGUGUCAAUCUGACUUACUCAUGUCAAAAUUCAGUAUUUUUCUUAGCAUUUGAGAUUUAGUAAUUGCCCUCAGUUUGCGGGAAUUCCAUAUUCCAGUGUCAGAUAUGACAAAGGAAAGAAAUUGGUUGUAUGAUAGCAAAAUAAAGUGAACCUGUUUCAUUGGCCAAAGAAGGACCCUCUCACCUUUUCCAAAUGGGGCAGAAGGACACCAACCAGUAUCUAUGUGCAAUAUGUUAAAGCUAGUCCCAAAGUUCCUGAGGUGUUUGCACACAGAGAUGGGCUCCAGGACUGUUUGCAGAGUCCGGAGGUACAGGGUAAAUGGAGGGAGAGCCUGGGAGCUGGAAAAAGUCAACCUGCACAGGGGUGCCCUUGGCCCAGAAUAGAUGUGGGGUACAGGGGAACCCUGGGUGCCAGCUGCAGGGCACCCAGGAAGUAGGCAGAAGCUGACUUUGCAUUAACCAAUAAAAGCACUUUGAGAAAACCCCAACACUUCAGCCUGGCUCCAUGUUUCUGCACUGGCAAAUAUGGGUCUCCUGUGGCUGUGUGAGGUCCUGUCCUCGGCAUUGGGACAGAGUGGCAGGUGUGAGGGAGGAGAAAGCAGAGGGACCUUCCAAGAUGGCAACCCUAGCAGGGAACCAGUGGAAGGCGCAGCCUUUGCUGGCCUCCUUGUUGGAGGCCCUAGAAACAGGGAAUGAUGAGUUUAGGUCUUCGUACCUACUUUGUAGAAAGAUUAGAAAUAGCCCAAUUGAUUAAAAGGGGUUCAUGGAGGAAAUCAUUUAACUAUAAGCCAUCUGAAAAUAAGAACCCCAAGGUAUGGCCUUAGGCCCAUGUUUCUUCAUUCAGCAAACAAGACUGUUCAGUGAUCUGCGCAUUCCCAUACUGCAGCAUGAGUUCACCCCUCCCUUGUGAAACCAAUUCCAUUCUCUGGCCGAGCCCAGAUCCGGUUCGGGGUGAGGGCUGUCUGCACAGUCCACCAGCCCACAGCGGGCCCCACAUGGUCCUGGCCGAGUUGCCUUAUGUGAGAAGGCCAGCUCCCCAGGACAGAUCUAAGCCAUAGUUUCUAGUGGGACAGUGAGAAACUUUUAGUUGCCCCCAGUGUGGCUAGGUGGUGAUGUCCAAUCUCACAUUAACCUUGUCAUUGUCCCCACCGAACAGCUUUUAAUCUGAAUGUUUGUUGUGACCACUGGCUGUUUCUCUCUUGCUCUCAGACAAUACUAGCAAUACACUAUUUUUCCCCCCAACAGCUUAAUUAGGCACUGUUCACACAUUUCUUUCAAAUGAUUGCAAAACAUAUGGGGCAACAGGAGGCACGGAUCACACUGCAUAUGUUUAGGGCAGCUUUGUUUUUUUGUUUCUAAUGGUAUAGCAGCAGUGACUGAGGCUUCAGGUUGGGGGGGACAGAUUUUCAUAAAUUUUUUCAUCAGAAUGCCUUGGAUAUCCAGGAGUACAGAAAUCCAGCUGCCUAGAUUGUGGACUUGGAAAAUAUGAUUUUGUCGGUUAUCAGUGCCUAGGCUGUGCCACAGUUCCUCAAAGAGGUGUUCAUAUGGCUAGAACCCCCUCCACCCUGUAAUUUUUGAUCAAAGCUUUCCCCAAGAGCCUCCUUUUCCACUUUGCCAGCCCUGCUCAGUGGGUACUUGUGAAGGGAACAGGUCAGCUUCCACCUCAGCACUUUGCCUUAUCAACACGUGUUCGCCAUCUAGCGGCCAAGACUGUAUCCAUCAGCUACUCAGACAGAAGGCAAAUAAAUCCCUUGGGCUGGCCGUGUUGUGGUCCAGCUCCAACUCUGGGAAUGAGAAACAAUGGCAUGAGCAAACUGUCUGUGUGUGUUCAGAGCCCAGUGUGACACCAGGGUCAGAAGAUUCUAGAAGCAGGCGCUUACUCAUGCAAUCUGAGAAGUGUGCUAGGUAUCCUGUGGGUAGAGAAGACAGGAGUGAACCCUACAUCCAGGUGCCCGGGAGGGGUUUACUAUAACUGCAAUACUGGCAGCCCAGCUGCUGACCUUGUUAAGUGAACCUCUGCUAGGUGGCCCACAUUACACCUUCAGGACAAGCAAAGAGGUUGGGUGUGAGGAUUGGGGGUGGUGUGGGGGGGGGCGUGCUGGCCAUGACCUUUGAUAUGGUCCACCAAAUAGCCAAACAGGUUUUUUUGUUUAUUUGUUUUUGUAUUUUGUAUUUAAAAAUCUUGUCAAAUGUAUUUGUGUUAGGAAUACAAAGUCAUAAACUAUUCCCAACUUUGUUUCUUGAGGGAUGUUCUGAUUCUGAUUGAAACUGGUUGGAAAUCUCAAGGGUGAGCGUGGUCCGGUGGUAUGUGGAACAGGGCAAUGGACCACUGGAUUUCCAGAUGGUUUCUGGGGGAAGGUGACCAUCCGGAAGUCCAGGUCAGUGCAAUCUGCUCCAGAAAUUCACGCCCACCCCCUCACCUCCUUGUGCCAUGUUGUUAACUUUGGCUUGGAGAGUCUGCUUCUUCCUGAGGCAGCUGCUAAUGUUGAAACCAACAUAAGCUCCCUCUCCCAACCCCAGGUGUCUAGAGACAGUGUCUGUAGCUAGCCUUAAUCGAUGGGGCAAGGUGGUCCCUAUGGUCCCUUCCAGCAUUUCCAAAUCUUGGACUCAAAUCCUUUUCUCUUGGUGUGACCAUGCAGCCUAGAGAAUUCUGAGCAAUAGGGAGCCAGGGCUUUCCCUGGCUCUGCGACAGGGUCAAACCAGGGAGUGGCUAAACUUGUGAGGUUUUGUCAUCCCCAGGGGUACUACUGUAGGGGGCAUUAUUUAUUAGGAAGCUCAACAAAGGUAACUACAGCCUGGGGUGUGUGAGCGUAAGGCUGUGUUUGUGGAGUGUGUGUGUGUGUGUGUAUGUGUGCGUGCACGCACGCGAGUGCGUGUGCUUGUGCACUUACGUAUGCAUGUGGACACACGUCUGUGCCUGUGUGUGUGUGUGUGUGUGUGUGUGUGUAAAUUACAUUGAUGCAUUUCUUGAGAAAGGUGCAAGAAUUUCACCUACACAGAGGGACACAUCUGCUUUGUUAUUUAUAAUAGAAAGCUAAAUUUAAUUUUUUAAAGGACACUGCUAAUGAUUGAGAAUCGAGUUUUAGUUUUGCUAUUUUUUUAAUUGGUAGAGGAUUUUUUAUAUAUUUUUUCCAUUUUGUUGGGUUGUGUCCUUAUUUAUAUAAGACUUUAUCCGUAAGAGGCAAGGAAGAAACCUUCUUUGCUUUUAAUUACUGUGGUUGUCAUCGUCCCUAUUUUAUUCUGGUGUGAUUAUCUGUCUUACCUUCUAAAUGAGAAAAUGUUUUCCUGUAUUUGUACAUUGUCAGAUUCUAUAGUUUCAUAGAUAAUUUAACCAAAUUGCUCUAUGUAUUAUUAUUCUGUGAGUAUAAAGUUCUAUUUUAACGUCUGUAAAUACUUCGGAACUGGCUUCUUUUCUCAAGCUCCCACGGUGGAGUUAUUGUUUACAUCACAAAAACUGUAGAAUCUCUAUGCUCAUGUACUGUAAAUAGUGAAGUGAUCUGCUUAUAAAUAAACUUAACAAAUACACUAUGGAGAUUAAAAAGAAAUACCACCCACAGCCCUGCCCAGAUGUGUCUUUCUUUAUUGGUCCUGCGAAGUCACUGGGGGACACUCUGGCCACUAAAUGGAGAAGACAUUCCAGUUCCAGUAUCACCUUUUCAGAGGACACUCUCCCAACACACCUCGCCAAAACUCUUAAUUAUUCUUCCUUUCUCUAUGACUUCUUCAUGGUUCAAAAUAACCACACAGUCUCAUCUCAUGUGGUCUAUCAACUUUUCCACCCAAGCACCCAAAAUAAAUGUGUACUGAGAGAUAUUU